GGGUCCGCGCUUGGAUGACGUUGCCAGCUGCCGGUAAGCUGACCAAUCAUCUCCCGCCGCGUUCCGGUGUGUGCGCGAGGCAGUGGAGUAGAAGGGAAGGUGCACAUUGGCAGACACAGAACACAGAAGAUGGGGCUUGCAAUGAGGACUGCAGGAGUUCUCUUCCUGUUUCUUUUGGUUGAUCUCUUGCCUUCUCAGACGGAGUCUGUGGCAGUCAUGUCUGUGGAUGUGGGUUUCGAAUGGUUAAAAAUCGCUAUAGUCAAGCCAGGAGUUCCUAUGGAAAUUGUCUUAAACAAGGAAUCGAGGAGAAAAACCCCUUUUUCUAUCACAUUGAAAGAAAAUGAACGCCUUUUUGGAGAUAGUUCUUUAGGGAUGGCAGCUAAGAAUCCCAAGCAGACAUUUCGCUUCUUCCAGGAUUUGUUGGGGAAAGGGGCAGAGAACCCACAAGUUGCAGCUUUUAAAAAGAGCUUUCCAGAUUAUGAUAUUGUGAAGGAUGAAAUUAGGGGUACAACCCUUUUUAAAUUAUCAGAAGAAGCGACUUAUUCACCAGAAGAAUUGCUGGCAAUGAUGCUGAAUUACUCCAGAUCCCUAGCUGAGGAGUUUGCAGAGCAGUCCAUCAAGGAUGCAGUAAUUACGGUUCCCGCUUUCUUUAAUCAGGCAGAACGCAGGGCUGUUCUCCAGGCUGCUAAACUUGCUGGCCUUAAAGUGCUUCAGCUUAUAAACGGUAAUACUGCAGUUGCAUUGAACUAUGGGGUCUUCAGAAGGAAAGACAUCAACGCUACUGCUCAGAACAUUAUGUUUUAUGAUAUGGGAUCAAAAAGUACAACUUGCACCAUUGUGACUUAUCAGACCAUAAAGACCAAAGACUCAGGAAUUCAGCCACAGCUACAAAUUCGUGGUGUUGGGUUUGAUCGUACUCUUGGAGGUCUAGAAAUGGACCUAAGACUCCGUGAGCAUUUGGCAAAACUUUUCAAUGGACAGAAGAAAUCCAAAAAAGAUGUACGAGAGAACCCACGGGCAAUGGCUAAGCUUUUAAAAGAGGCAAACCGUGUCAAAACGAUUCUGAGUGCAAACAAUGAUCACAUGGCACAGAUUGAAGGACUUAUGGAUGAUAUUGACUUCAGAACCAAGGUGACUCGUCAAGAACUUGAGGAGCUUUGUGAAGACCUAUUUGAAAGAGUCCCCAUACCUGUGCAAAAGGCUUUGAGUGGUGCUGAAAUGAACAUGGAUGAAAUUGAUCAGGUGAUCAUAGUGGGUGGAGCCACUCGUGUACCUAAAGUUCAAGAAUGGCUUCUUAAAGCAGUGGGCAAGGAGGAGUUGGGAAAGAACAUAAAUGCAGAUGAAGCGGCAGCUAUGGGGGCUGUAUAUCAAGCAGCUGCUCUUAGCAAGGCAUUCAAAGUUAAGCCAUUUGUAGUUCGUGAUGCAGCGAUCUAUCCAAUACAGGUGGAGUUUACUAGAGAGGUGGAGGAGGAAGAGGGCAUAAAAAGUAUAAAACACAACAAGAGAAUUCUUUUUCAAAGGCUUGCCCCAUACCCACAGCGCAAGGUUAUCACCUUUAAUAGAUACACAGAUGACUUUGAGUUUGAUAUCAACUAUGGAGACCUUGGCUUUCUUGAUCAAGAAGACCUGAGGAUUUUUGCGUCUCGCAAUCUCACCACAGUCAAACUUGGUGGAGUUGGGGAGAGUUUUCAGAAGAAUUUGGACUAUGAAUCAAAGGGCAUCAAAGCUCAUUUCAACAUGGAUGAAAGUGGAAUACUCAGUCUUGACAGGGUCGAAUCCGUCUUUGAGACUGCAUUAGAAGAGAAGUUAGAGCUAGAAUCAACAUUGACAAAACUUGGGAACACAAUAUCUAGCUUAUUCGGAGGCGGAAGCUCUACCACAGAUAAAGAAAAUGCUACUGAUACUGUUCAGGAGGAAGAGGAAGUUCCAAGUGAACCCCCGAAGGAGGAUGAACAGGACAUACCAGAGCCAGCUGAGCAGCAAGGUGCAGAUACAGGUGCUGAUAAAGCAGAGGACAAAAAAACGGAGGAAAAGAAUGAAAACGAUAAAGAGGCCAAGGAUACAAAAGAAAAAUCUGAAGACGGUAAAGAAACUGAAACCAUAAAGACACCAGAAGAGGAGCCUAAGAAACCAGUGGUGCCUAAGAAGCAGAAGAUUGUGGAUGAGAUUGGAGCAGUACAAACUGUACAUGAUAUUCCAAUUAUACUAGAAGAUGAAGAAAAGAAAUCUAUUAAAAAAUUGCAAGAACUGACUGAAAGAGAUUUUGAGAAACAUGAGCUUGAAAAAGCAGCAAAUAGCCUGGAGGCAUUUAUAUUUGAGACACAGUUCAAGCUCGAACAGGGAGAAUUUAAAAAGGUUUCUACAGCGGAACAGAGGGAAGAGAUUUCCAGCAAGCUUCGACAGGUGUCGGCAUGGCUAGAGGAGGAUGGUUAUCAAGCUUCGACCAAGGAACUGAAGGAGAAAUUGUCAGAACUUAAGAAGGUGUGCAAGACGUUGUUUUUCAAGGUAGAGGAGCGACAAAAGUGGCCCGACAGGCUGGCAGCAUUGGAUAGUUUGCUUAAUCACUCCAACAUUUUCUUAAAGACUGUCAAAAAGAUCCCAGAAGAUGAGCAGAUAUUCACAGAUGUUGAACUAAGCACUUUAGAAAAGCUCAUCAGUGAGACAUCGGCAUGGAAGAAUGAAACUUUAGCAGAGCAAGCCAAGUUGCCUGCCACAGAAAAACCUGUUUUAUUAUCCAAGGAUAUUGAGCAAAAGCUUGGAGCUCUUGACAGGGAGGUUCAGUACUUGUUGAACAAAGCCAAGUUUGCCAAACCUAAACCUAAACCCAAGCAAAAAAGUAAUGCCACCGAUUCAGCGAAUGGAAAUGUAACGGACGCCAAAGAAAAGGUCAUUACCCCCAAAGCAGAAGGUACAGAAGAUCAAGCAAAAGACCCGGAGCCAGCACAAGAGCCUCCUGUGGUAGAAGAGAAGGUUCUAGAGUUGGCAGACUCAAAAACAGGUUCUGAAACGGAGCAAUCUUCAGAUGAGAAGCCGAAGACCGAAUUAUAAUUUGUAUUACCUUCCCGUCCAUUGAUGGCGCUUCAUAUUUAUUGACAUUACUUUUUUUGUAAUGGAUCCUGACUGUUCCAUACCAACUGAACUGUUUUUUCUUUUAUUUUUCUCUCAAAACGGAAAAAAAGAUGUAAAUAUCUGUCCUGCCAGAGCACCAUUUAGGGGGGUAUGUGUGUAUGUGCGUGCUUUAUUUAACUGUGAAUGUAUAAAAGGGUACUGGACAUCCUCAGCAAAGAACAGCAUAGCCACCAACAGACACCGAUCAUGCUACCAAAUCUCUAUUUCUGUAAAGGCCAAUUUUUAUAAUUCUUUUCAGUUUAUAGUACCUUUUUUGCUCUAGAUUUGUAGUCCGUCCCCUUGGUACAUGUUUACAGUACGUGAAGUGUUACAGAUGUGGUAAUCCAAUUAAAAUUUAGAGAUUGGAUUUUCUUCAAAUGAUUACUGUAAUUGUAAUUUAAUAUGUUGAAUACUGGACCACCCUUCAGUAUAUCCUGAACUGGGGGGGGAAUGACUUAUUAAAAAUAUUUUCCACGUUU